AUGAAAACUGGUACCUCUGCUGCCCGUCUAAACCUGCAGAAAAUCCGCAUUCGGCUAAAGCACAUCUGGACAGUGAUACUGACACUCCUCAUUCCGCGUAGUCAUGGCUGCCAGGCCCCAGCAACAAGACACGGUCUGGUCACUUAUCGUAUCACAUACCAAAUAACUCCUGUCUACCCGGACAGUUGUUUCACCAUGCGCCAAUCGUCUACAGCCGGAACAAGCAAGCGCCACACGUCAUCGAGUCGAGGGAGGACAGAAGGACCAAACAACAGAACGGAUAUGGAGGCAGGUGGACGCAGAUGCCAGUCACAUGUAGGGAGGAAAUCACAUUUGUUCAACUGCAUUCAUAUGCACCUAUUGCAAGCGGUAGAGACAGGCAGACUUGCAAUUAAUGCAGCGAAUCGAUCGCAAAUGGGGUCUCAGAGGAGGGCCACAGGGUACCAGAUAGGAAAAACUUAUGCGCAAGGACUGAGACGAUGA